AAUAAAGCAUGUAUGUGCAUAUUACGGUUGCAAUUGCAGUUUCAACUAUGCAGCCGGCUCAUCUACAGCCACAGCUACAGUAGUGCAAGGAACAUUACGCUGCCAACGGAGGUGGGUCGUAGAACAAUUCGGAUUUCAUAACUAUGCCGUACAGUGGUAGUGCAUUUUGAAUCAUCGUAAUCAGUUCUGAUCAGUCUGGAUGCAGAAACAUACCGUUGGAUUUGGUUCGGCAAAGAUGCCAAAUUUCACUGGUUGGUGGCAACCCGUGACACUUAUAAUCACUGUUUGGAUCAUUUGUUGUGUCAACGUCAGUGGAAUCAGUGGUUCUACGAAUGGUUUCGGUUGUGAUAAUGGCUAUCAAGGAAACAAUUCGGAGUUGAUACUGAAGAAUGCUCUGCUCUGCGGAACUGGCUAUGAUAUUCGUAAACGGCCAGUGAAAAAUCAGCAGGAUCGUGUCGCAAUGUACAUUGGAGCGGAAGUUCUGAGUGUUGAAUUGGUACAAAACUCAAACUUGAAGCUGGAGAUAACGGUGGAGCUAUCAAUGCAAUGGUACGAUGCCUAUCUGCACUGGAACAAAAAGGAACACGCCAACAUAAAUACUCUUUCCAUUUCGGAGCAAGACAUCUGGUUGCCAAAGCUGGCAGCAAAGUCUUUGUUUAGAUCACGCGUUCAAGGUGCUAGCCACUGCUUCCAGGUUAAAUGUCAUUUGAGCUUCAAUGGCGAGGUGAUGUACUCCAUGCUGUGCACUUACGGUGUUGACUGUUUCGACAAUUCGCGCCAUUGGGCGUUCGAGACAAAGAGUUGUCCCUUGAGGAUUUUUACUCCGGAUUAUGAUAUCAAUCAGCUUUCGUUGUUUCAUUUUCAGCGACGAUUAUCGUAUGCAGUGUCCGGUGUGCUGCCUUAUAAGAUAACAUCGUUCCAGAUGGCGAUUGUCAAUAAUACGGUGCAUCCGGAAUUUAGAAUGGAUAUAAUUGUGGAACGAUUGAUUGGUCCUCAUUUGGUUAUCUUUCUGCUGUUUAUUCUCAUAUUAUUUGCCAUAAAUCUUACGAUCACUUGGUUGAGAAUUGAUAGUUCUAUUCGAGCGGUAAUUACGUUUGCUUCUUUGGCACUGCAUAGUGCAUACACCUGCAUACUAUAUUGGUACGCCAGCACUCGGAUGGAACCUGCUCUAAAGUUAGCUCAUAUGCUGCUAGGUUCAUUGUUUUGGACUGUUGCAUUAGUCGGUUUGUUGGCCUAUUCGGAAAGAAUGUCAAAACGUGACUGCAACGGUGUUCCUCACUUUCUUCGGAAUAUUUAUCGAACGCUAGCCAGAAAUGCGACUUUUAAACCUUUCCUUCAGUUAGGCUACAUCAAUCUAGAGGCUCCUCUGAUAAAGCCAACCACUGAAAGUACCGAAGCACGAAUGUCCAACCACGUGACCGAGGACCAAUCAAUGCCACCAUUGCCUCCUCCAUCGACCCGGGAUACUGCUAUCGAGCAGGCAGAUUCUGACGAGGAAGUCGAUCCAAGCGACGUUAAGUGGAGCGUGUUUUUUCAACCAUUCGAUCGUAUCGUCUUCUGCGGAAUUGCGACAACCUACGUGUUCAUGCUGAUGGUGCUGUUUCUGGCGUGAGUCUGUUUAUCUAUCCGGAGAAGCAUGCGAUAGAGACGAGACAGGCAGGCUUACGGCUCAAUUGGAUGCAAUAUAAUAAAACCAAUAAACUAUAAGAAAAUUUCCCAUGUUUGUCGCUCGCUACGAAUAGGAAGAUUAUUAUUACCACAUUCACAAGCAGGGAAUGCUCAUUGAUUAGUAGCUGCUGGAAGCAGCAUAAAUAGUGACGGUUUGAAACUAGUCACUUCCGUUCAGAAAUUAAUGUGUUCGGUGCUAG